GUGUUUGACUCAUUUUGUCUGCAACCAACUACUCUAUUCAAUUCAAUUCUACUAGUGACCCUAUUAUGUUCGAGUUCAAUCAUUAUUUUUGGCUUUGUUAUCAUCAAUGAUCGGAUCGGAAACGCGAUGAUGGCUUUCUCCUACCGGAAAUCGGCGCUCUCUUUCGCUCUUCUCUUUGUUUCUUCAAUUCUCUUCUUUCAGGUGUCUGUAUUCGCUUCUCUACUCCCUCCUCCAGAGAAUGGUGAUCAGCAAUUUCUUUCUAUUUUUAGUGGGGAAAGGCAUUCUGAAGAAUACUGUGCAAUGUAUGAUAUUUGUGGAGCACGAACUGAUGGGAAAGUUUUGAACUGUCCUUAUGCUUCUCCAUCUGUGAAGCCUGAUGAAUUGUUUUCCGCGAGAAUCCAAAGCCUGUGUCCAACAAUAAGUGGAAAUGUUUGUUGUACAGAGGCCCAAUUCGAGACGUUGCGGGCACAAGUUCAACAAGCAAUUCCUUUCCUUGUGGGCUGCCCAGCAUGCUUAAGGAACUUCUUAAAUCUUUUCUGUGAGCUUUCUUGCUCCCCAAAUCAGAGUCUAUUCAUCAAUGUGACUUCCAUUUCCAAGGUUAAAGGCAACCUCACUGUCGACGGCAUUGACUUUUUUGUAACUGAUACUUUUGGAGAAGGUUUAUAUAACUCCUGCAAAGAUGUGAAGUUUGGGACUAUGAAUACACGGGCAUUAGAAUUUGUUGGUGCAGGUGCUCAGAAUUUUAAAGAAUGGUUUGCAUUUAUUGGUCAGCAAGCUGAUUUUGGUUUGCCUGGUUCACCUUAUGCUAUUAACUUUCAGUCAAGGAUUCCUGAAUCAUCUGGAAUGGAACUCAUGAACGUGUCUAUUUAUUCUUGCGGUGACACUUCACUGGGAUGCUCUUGUGGGGAUUGCCCUGCCUCUCCUGUGUGCUCAGAUUUAGAACCUCCUUCUCCUCCAAAAAAGGAUCCAUGCUCCAUCAGAAUAGGGUCUCUUAAGGUCAAAUGCAUUGAUUUUUCAUUGGGAAUCCUGUACAUUAUUUUGGUUUCUGCACUUUUUGGAUGGGCUUUGUUUAAUCGGACGAGAGAAAGGAGAAUAUCUUCAUCUAGCAUGAAACCAUUGUUGAGUUAUACAGAUGGUGGUGAAAUGAAUAAUGUUCAUGUGCAGAAGGAUGAGAUGAAGGUGCAUGAAAUGGAUCCUCAAAUGACAAGUGAGGUUCAACUAUCCGUUCUUCAAGGUUACAUGUCAAGGUUUUUCAGGAAAUACGGAACAUGGGUUGCUAGGAAUCCCACACUCGUGCUGUGCUCAUCAUUGGCAGUUGUUCUUAUACUUUGUUUCGGUCUAAUCCGUUUUGAGGUGGAGACAAGGCCUGAGAAGCUGUGGGUAGGUCAUGGGAGUAAGGCAGCAGAAGAGAAACACUUUUUUGACAGCCACCUAGCUCCUUUUUACAGAAUUGAACAGCUCAUAAUAGCAACCACACCAGAUCCAGAGCAUGGCAAAUCAAAUAGUAUUAUAACAGAGGAUAAUAUGCGGUUGCUCUUCGAUAUACAAGAGAAGGUAGAUGGAAUACGUGCAAAUUAUUCUGGCACUCUGGUAUCUCUGACUGAUAUUUGCUUGAAGCCUCUUGACGAAGAUUGUGCCACUCAAAUUGUCUUACAGUAUUUCAAAAUGGAUCCGGAUAAUUUUGAUGAUUACGGGGGAGUUGAACAUGCUGUGUAUUGCUUUCAGCAUUACACUUCUUCAGACACAUGUAUGAGUGCAUUUAAGGCCCCGCUUGAUCCAAGCACUGUGCUAGGGGGAUUUUCAGGGAACAAUUACUCUGAGGCUUCCGCAUUUGUUGUAACCUACCCAGUAAAUAAUGCAGUUGAUGAAACGGGCAAUGAAAAUGGGAUGGCAGUGGCUUGGGAAAAGGCUUUCAUACAAUUAGUGAAGGAUGAGCUGCUUCCAAUGGUGCAGUCCAGCAAUCUCACUCUGUCAUUUUCAUCUGAGAGCUCAAUUGAGGAAGAAUUGAAGAGAGAAAGUACUGCUGAUGUUGUAACUAUAUUAAUAAGCUAUCUUGUAAUGUUUGCUUAUAUAUCAGUGACUUUGGGAGAUGCACCGCAUUUGUCUACAUUCUACAUUUCGUCCAAGGUGUUACUUGCGCUUUCGGGAAUUGUGAUAGUUCUGCUUUCUGUCUUUGGAGCUGUUGGAUUUUUUAGCGCCAUUGGAGUAAAGUCUACACUAAUAAUUAUCGAAGUGAUCCCGUUCCUGGUUUUGGCUGUAGGAGUGGAUAACAUGUGUAUAUUGGUACAUGCUGUGAAACGACAACCACAGGAAUUGCCUUUAGAAGGGCGAAUAAGCAAUGCCCUUGUUGAAGUUGGUCCUUCAAUAACACUAGCUAGUUUAUCUGAGGUUCUUGCAUUUGCAGUUGGAAGUUUCAUUUCUAUGCCGGCAUGCCGUGUUUUUUCAAUGUUUGCUGCUUUGGCUGUUCUAUUGGACUUCCUUCUGCAAGUUACUGCUUUUGUUGCCUUGAUAGUUUUUGAUAUCUUGAGAGCUGAGGACAACAGGGUUGACUGUUUUCCAUGCUUAAAAGUUCCUUCAUCUUCUGUAGAAUCUGUUGAAGUUGUAGGCAAUCGGAGGAGUCCUGGAUUGCUGGCUCGAUAUAUGGAGGAAGUUCAUGCACGCGUCCUUAGCCUCUGGGGAGUCAAAGUUGUUGUUAUUGCUGUCUUUACUGCAUUUGCUUUGGCAAGCAUUGCAUUAUGUACGAGGAUUGAACCUGGUUUAGAGCAACAGAUUGCUCUUCCUCGAGACUCCUAUCUUCAGGGGUAUUUCAAUGAUGUGUCAGAGUAUCUCAGAAUAGGACCACCAUUAUAUUUUGUUGUUAAGGACUAUAAUUACAGUUCGGAAUCAAGACAUACGAACCAGUUAUGUUCUAUCAGCCAGUGUGAUGCAAAUUCUCUUUUGAGUGAGAUUUCAAGGGCAUCUUUAAUGCCUGAAUCAACCCACAUUGCUAAGCCAGCUGCCUCGUGGCUUGAUGACUUUCUUGUAUGGAUGUCACCCGAGGCUUUUGGUUGCUGUCGGAAAUUUGUAGAUGGCAGUUAUUGUCCCCCUGAUGACCAGCCUCCUUGUUGUUCACCUGAUGAAGAUUCUUGCGACUUGGAUGGCGUUUGCAAGGAUUGUACAACUUGCUUCCUUCACUCGGAUCUGGAUAAUGGUCGUCCAUCUACAGCUCAGUUCAAGGAGAAGCUGCCAUGGUUCCUCAAUGCACUGCCCUCUGCUGACUGUGCAAAGGGUGGCCAUGGGGCUUACACAAGCAGUGUGGAUCUGAAUGGUUACGAGAGUGGUGUUAUACGAGCCUCUGAGUUUCGUACUUACCACACACCACUAAGGAAACAGGAUGAUUUUGUUAAUUCAAUGCGUGCUGCACGAGAGUUUAGCUCAAGGGUUUCUGAUUCUUUGAAGAUCGAGAUCUUUCCGUAUUCGGUGUUCUAUAUUUUCUUUGAACAAUAUCUGGAUAUAUGGGAGACAGCUGUGAUCAACAUUGCUAUAGCACUUGGUGCUGUAUUUCUUGUUUGCCUAGUUAUCACCUCCAGUUUAUGGAGUUCAGCUAUCAUUGUUCUUGUCCUGGCCAUGAUUGUUGUGGAUCUUUUGGGUGUGAUGGCAAUUCUCGAUAUCCAACUGAAUGCUGUUUCUGUGGUGAACCUCAUAAUGUCAAUAGGGAUUGCUGUUGAGUUCUGUGUGCACAUAUCACAUGCCUUCUCUGUAAGCCAUGGAGAUAGGAGUCAACGAGCAAAGGAGGCUCUGCGUACGAUGGGAUCUUCUGUCUUCAGUGGAAUUACACUCACAAAGCUAGUUGGAGUCAUUGUCCUUUAUUUCGCAAAAUCAGAGAUUUUUGUGGUUUAUUACUUUCAAAUGUACCUGGCAUUGGUUGUCAUUGGAUUCUUACAUGGGCUUGUGUUUUUGCCGGUGGUAUUGAGUAUGUUUGGUCCACCAUCGAGAAGUGUACCCGUUGAAAGAGAGCAAGAACUUGAGACUUCCACUUUGUCACACUUGACUGAUUGACCAAAUGCAUUUGAAAGUUGGGUGGUUUUAUGAUGUAAAAUUAUGCCAGCAAGAAAUGAAAACAAAAUGACGGCAAGACGGAAAACAAACAAAUAAGGAGAAAGAGGGAAAGGAAGAAGGACAUGCAUGUACAAUGAGUUAAGGACAUGUAAUUGCUUUCUACCCAAAUUAACAGUGCAUAUAUUUUGGUCGAUGCUUAUGGUGUCAAAGUUUCUGUUAUCUUCACAUUUGUUGUCAGGAUCUUACCAUUUCUUUCCUUGUCAUUAUGCUAUGUUGUGUCAAUAGAUGACCCAAACAUUAGUAGGUUGGUUUUGGGUUUGGAUCUAUAUCUAAAUUUGUAUAAUAAUGUAUUAUUAUGGCAUGUGAUACCAUGUAGCUACCAAAGUAGCAAUUUUGA